CAAACUCUUUAAAAAAAUUGGGAAAAGAACCAAAAAGUUGGAUUUGAAAUUUUGAAAACUUUGUGCAUUGGGUUGCAAUUACGACCACAUUAAAAUAAAAUACAUUCAAUCAUACAGUAGCAAAAUAAUGGAGCCAGUAUUUCAAUUUCCUUUUAAUCCAUAUCCCAUUCAAGAAAAGUUCAUGCGCGAGCUUUAUUUUACCAUAGAAAAUAGAAAAUUGGGAAUAUUCGAAAGUCCAACUGGAACAGGUAAAUCACUUAGCAUAUGUUGUGCAGCGCUCCAGUGGCUUAAAGAUAGCAAUAAGAAAAUUUUAGAAGAACUAAAAGCUGAAAUUGGCACUCUUAAAUUGGAAAUUUCACAAACUAUGGACAGUAAUGAUUGGCUGCAAGAAGAAUAUGAAAAAAUUAAGAAAAACCAAAUGCUCAUAACACUACAAAAUAAAAUGGAUAAAAUUAUACAAUGUAAAGAAAAUUUUGAGAAUAUGGCAAAGCGAGUUUCAAAACAUAAAUCAAAUGUUAACGUUAAGUCAACAGAUAACUAUUGUAAGAGUGAUAAGAAAAAAAACAGUGAACCUGAAUUAGAGAAAGAGAACAUAGAAGAACAGAAUGAUAGUGAAGGUGAUAGAGAUUUAAUUCUUGAGGAAUUUGAAGAAAAUGCUGAAAGUGAUACUUAUCCUGAGGAAGUGGAAGAAAUGGACAAUAAAGAUGAAAUCAUAAAGGUAUACAUUAGCAGCAGGACACAUAGUCAGCUCUCGCAGUUUAUUGGGGAAAUAAAGAGAACCAUUUUCAAGGAUGUCACUAGAGUUGUCACUUUAGCAUCGAGACAACAUUACUGCAUCAAUUCUGAAGUCGCAAAGUUGAAGAAUGUUAAUUUAAUAAACGAAAGGUGUCUAGAUAUGCAGAAAACUAAAAGUAAAUCAACAUCAUUCAGUGACGAUGGUAGAGUUCUCAAAAAGAGUAAGUUAAGGGCUUGUACUGCCUGCCCUUAUUACAAUCAAAACAAUAUAACAAAACUAAAAGAGAGAAUGCUAAUUGAAAUUAUGGACAUGGAAGACUUGGUCAAAUGUGGAAAAGAAUUGAAGGCUUGUCCAUAUUAUGCGUCUAGGAUGGCCAUGGAUGAUGCAGAGGUGGUACUUAUAAGUCACGCGGGUAUAGUAAGUUCUGGAGCCAGAUCAGGAAUAUCAUUAAAAUUGAAGGAUAACAUCUUGAUUCUGGAUGAAGCACAUGGCCUCAGUGCGGCACUGGAGAAUGCUCAUUCCGCCCCUGUCACUGUUAAACAGCUGUCUUCCGUGAAAACUUAUCUACAAUUCUACAUAAACAAGUAUAGAGCAAGAUUGAGUAGUAGAAAUUUGUUGUCUCUGAACCAGAUUAGUUUUGUUGUAGGGAAGUUAAUAAGCUUAGUUAAACCAAAAGAGACAGAAAAAAGCAAAGAAACGACCAUACUUACUCUUGAGGAUUUCGUGAUAAAAGCUGAAAUAGAUCACAUGAAUUUGAGGCCCUUAGUAGAAUUUUGUAGAAGCACACGUUUGGCGCCCAAAUUACACGGGUUUUCCAUGAGGUAUAGCCAGCAAGUAUUGGAGGAGGAGGAAUCAAAAAAAAUUGCAGUGAAAAAAAACUCAUUCCAGAAAUUUCUAUCAAAUAUCGCAAAGAAGAAGGAAUUGGCUAGCGUUGAAGAAACACAAACGGAAACUAAACCUAUCGUCCAGUUCGCAACAGAAACGUCGGCGGGCAGCGGGCUCUAUGCCGUGCUAGACUUCCUGGAAAUGCUCUGCGCACGAAGCGAGAACGGACGAGUGCUGGUGCAACAAGGCGACACCGGCCUGCUCAAGUAUCUGCUGCUCAAUCCGGCUGAAUGUUUUACUGAUGUACUGGCUCAAUGCAGAUCUGUGAUUGUGGCUGGGGGUACCAUGGAGCCGAUAAGUGAAUUCAAAGCGCUGCUCAGCUCCAACGGAAGAUCAGACUCCAAACUGAACAUAGUGCGAUGUGAACAUGUUGUACCUCCAGACAAUAUAUUAGCUGUGUGCUUGUCAAGAGGACCGUCUAAUACUGUAUUCAAUUUCUCCUAUGAAAAUCGAAUGUCCAAGGAAUUGCUAAAUGAAGUAGGUCGUACAUUAAGAAACGUCUGCAGCAUCGUGCCGGGCGGUGUGGUAUGCUUCCUACCUUCAUAUUCCUAUGAACAAACUGUCUACGAUCAUUUGAAAAACAAUAAUAUUAUUGAUUUUAUAAGCAAAAGGAAGAGCGUAUUCCGUGAACCAAAAUCUGCAGCUGAUGUUGAACAAGUACUUCACAAAUAUUCAUUAGCUGUAAAAAGUAAGGAAAAAAAUGGAGCUUUAUUACUGAGCGUCGUAGGUGGUAAGCUUAGCGAAGGCUUGAAUUUUAGCGACGAUCUGGGGCGAUGUGUAAUGGUUGUGGGAAUGCCGUAUCCUAAUGUGAAGUCGCCAGAGCUGCAGGAGAAAAUGUCCUAUUUGAAUAGAACUGCAGGUGGUAAUGCUGCUAACAUUUACUAUGAAAGUUUGUGUAUGAAGGCAGUCAACCAAUGUAUAGGUAGGGCUGUUCGGCAUAUUAAUGACUAUGCAACUGUGCUGUUAAUAGAUGAAAGAUAUUCGAGAGUCCAAACGAUAUCAGCUUUACCUUCAUUUGUACAGAAAUCGUUAAUAUCAAACUCCAGUUUUGGUCAAAUGAUCGGAAGCAUGGCAAAGUUCUUUUCAAGGCACAAGGAAAUAAAAACAAAUUGAAUGAAAUAAUUCAACAGCUUUAACAAUAUUAUAAUAGGGAUAAUAAAAUAUAAUAAAUAACUUAUAAAACUA